AUCUAAUUGGUCCUUUACUCUUCCUAACCUCACUCUCAUUGCAGAGUAGGUCAGGCUGUCGCGUCGGCCACUGCGCGUUCUCUCAAACCAAUUCAUGCCGGCGUCUGCUCCUGCUACGCCGGCAACGCCCAAUCCCGUGAAGUCAGCGGCAAAAACGACGAGCAAAGACGCAACUGCUAAAGUCAAAAAGCAAAGCGAUGGGAGCAAUCCUAGCACUUCCUCCGGCAGCGGCAAGCCUUCGAUUCAUCGUCAAAAAGCAGCGUCUAUGCGUAUCGCUCAGGCACUUGCAAUGUUCGACCAAUUCGAUAGGAGUUAUCACAGCACCUAUCGACAGAACAUACUGGAUAUACAACACAGCCUUGUCGAACGCAUUGAUAGUCUUGUGAACUCAUUGGCCGUUUUGUCUCCGAAUUCGCCGAGUCCAUCGAACGUCGACGAGUCCAUCCGAUUAGAACAACGUCGCGAAGCAAAUCGUUCGCUGAAUGCGCAUCUGGUCUGCUUGCAAAGUGCAUCUUGUGCUGCUAGAGACAUCGCAGCUCAACAGGCUGCGGUGGCUUUUGAGGAGAUACAGAAACAUAGACCCCAGGAGAUCAAAGUGAAACGUGGAAAAGUUUCAAAGAAGGAAAGAAAGGAAAAAGAAGUACCAUCUUCCUCGAAAGCGGAACGAAGCGGUCAUCGUGAAAAGGCCACUUCAUCUAAGGCUCACGCACAUGCUGCAAAUCAAGCGGAUUCCAACCCAGAAACACCAGUCACCACAAACAAUCGUGUGGGGAAUAAGCGUCGUGCUACACAAACUCCAUCAGCGCCGCCUGCUGAGAAAAAGGUCAAAAAGGAGAAUGGUGUCAAGAAAAGAACUAGUAAUCGCUUGAGCAAAACUCCUAGAGUGAAGGCGAAGGAAGAAGACGAGCCCACGUACUGCUUCUGCAGUCGAAUCUCGUUUGGUGAGAUGAUUGGUUGUGACAACGACAAGUGCGAAAUUGAAUGGUUUCACUUCGAAUGUAUCGGUCUCACAACAAAGCCCAAAGGCAAAUGGCGACUCGUGUCGCCAAUACAAACAACAGAAAUCCUGCAGUGGUCGAAAAAGUCUAGUCUUGUCCAUUAUUCUCGUGCCUAUACUGCAUUCACUCAUACUGGCCAGUGUUCGGAUAGCACUUGUCAUUGA